CGUGCACUUCACCCAUUGGCCCCCACCGGUCAUCCAACGACAUUCCAUAAACAGUUGCAACCCAGAGGAAGCCUUGAGCCUCGAAUUAUCCCUCACCGCACGACAAGUCCUGGUUUAUCGCAGCCUGAGCCAUGGCUGGAGGAGGUAAGAGAAGACCCAACGGCAACAAAGGCAGCAGAAACGACAACAGCAAUAGCAGCAAAAACAAGGGCAGAAGGAGAUCGAACGCAGUGUCGUCGUUAUCAUCAUCAUCUGGUCGAAUCAGUAACUCUCUCUUUGUGGAGGGUGGCGUCUUGUCUGAUUGGCCUCUCAGUUCUUCCUUCCCAGGAAGGAACCCUAAUUCGAAUUCUAGGUCUGGUUUAAAACUAAAAGCACCGUCUGCUUCGAAAAGUGGACCUCGCAAAUCCAAUGGGAAUGCCUUUGGUUAUAACUACCCUUCUGUUGAGCUUCAGGAGGGUUUGCACAAAGAAUUAUCUGUCGAGGAUAAUGACAGAGAUAAUGAUUUAGAUGAAUCACAACCCAUUCUUUUGGUUGGUUCCAAGGAGAACCAGAUAGUUGCUUACUUAGAUGAAACACCACCUUUGAAGGCCCAUAAUACUGAUAUCACUUACGGUUACAAUUCAAGUUUUGUGCUUGGUGAUAACUUGCAUAGAGGAUUGGGGUUCUAUGAUGAAUCUGAGACAACCCUGGAUGCUGUUGGUUCAUCAUCAAAGCAAAUGGAAGAACAGCCAGAAGGAUCAUAUUCUUCAUUCUCUGAUAAAGAAAUAGAAGCUGAUGGGACUAUUAUUUGUGAGGUAGGUGAAGAAAUGGUUGAAGAAGUGUCAACUGAGGCAUUCUUUCCAAAGAAAAAUUCAGGAUUUUUGUCAAUUGGAGGCAUCAAAUUAUUCACCCAAGAUCUUUCUGGUGGGGAAAGUGAUGGAGAGUUAGAAGAUGAUGAAGUUUCUGAAUCUUCUGAACUAGGGGAGCCGACUGGACUGUCUGAUAGUGAUGUCUCUGAUAAUAUGUCUGAAAGUGAUUCAGAUAUUGAUGAAGAAGUUGCAGAAGACUACUUAGAUGGAAUUGGUGGGAGUGACAACAUGUUAGAUGCCAAAUGGUUGGUAGAAAAUCAUUUAGAUGGCUCAAAUGAGGAUAGUUCUUCAUCUUGUGGUUCCUUUGAUGAGACUCUAGAGAAGUUGGGUGGUAUAGCACUCCAGGAUGCAUCUAGGGAAUAUGGUAUGAGGAAGUCUAAGUCAAGAAAGAAAUAUACUGUAGGUGCUAGAGAUCCUUGGCCAUCAGGUUUGGAUGACCUUAUGCUUGUAAAAGAUCCAAGAACUGUUUCUGCCAAAAAGAAGCAUAUUGCUCGGAUGCCUCUGUCUUGGCCUUUAGAGGCACAAAAGAGUAAAAAUUCCAGAAAUUUUCCAGGUGCAAAGAAGAAACACCGAAAGGAGAUGAUUGCUGUCAAACGUCGAGAAAGAAUGCUGCGAAGGGGAGUUGAUCUUGAGAAAAUAAAUAUGAAAUUGGAACAGAUUGUUUUGGGUGAGGUGGACAUGUUUGCUUUCCAACCUAUGCAUUCCCGAGAUUGUUCCCAGAUACAACGAUUAGCAGCAAUUUACCGUUUGUGCAGUGGUUGCCAAGGUUCGGGUAAGAAAAGAUUUGUAACAGUGUCAAGAACUCAGCACACAAGCAUGCCAUCUCCAAGUGAUAAACUUCGUCUAGAAAAGCUGAUAGGAGCUGGAAAUGAGGAUGUCGAUUUCACUGUUAAUGAAUGCUCAAGAGCAAAAUCAGCAACCGCACACAGAAAUAGGAUGAAUAAGCCACUGGAUGUUCAAGCUUGGAGCAAAUCAUCAAAGAACUUGGCCAACGGCCAGAAUGGCAGUGCAUCCAAGAGACAGGGAGGGAAAAGGUGUUCAUAUGCUAAUCAACCAUUGUCAUUUGUAUCAAGUGGCAUAAUGUCUGAAAAAGUUGAUUACGUGACAUUGGACUCUAAAGAGACUGAAACUUCUGAAAAUAAGGUUACAAUCAGCUCAGCAAAAGUUGGUGCAUUUGAGGUCCACACUAAGGGUUUUGGAUCCAAGAUGAUGGCAAAAAUGGGAUUUGUAGAAGGUGGAGGUCUGGGAAAAGCUGGUCAAGGUAUGGCAGAGCCCAUCGAAGUGAUCCAAAGGCCUAAAUCACUUGGUUUGGGUGCCAACUUCCCUAACACUAUUGAUGACUCUUUUGAGAAUAAACCUCAAAGCACUGGAAGGUAUGAAAACCAUGCUAAACAUAAAAGCUUGGGAGCUUUUGAAAAGCAUACCAAAGGUUUUGGCUCAAAGAUGAUGGCAAGGAUGGGCUUUGUCGAAGGCACAGGUUUGGGCAAAAAUUCUCAAGGCAUUGUCAACCCUUUAGUUGCUGUUAGGCUCCCAAAAUCACGUGGAUUGGGUUCAAAAGGUUAGAAGUUACUUUCUUUUUUCCUGAAUAAGAAAGGGAAGACAACAAACUGAUUAGUUUUAACAUUUUCUAAGAUCUUUACCAAUUUGUUCAUGAUCCUCCAUAUGAUGCAUUUGUGAAUAAUGAAUAUGACGGUUUAUUGUUUUCUUGGCAA